GCCGGGGCCCAUUCGCGUUUCGAAGGGAAGCGACUCCGUGCAGAACCUUCUCCUUGAUUUCAUGGAUCCUGUGGCAUUUUUUACAAAAUCUAGUAUGUAGAGACGUAAGGGGCGAGAAAAAAAUGCAGCACAUCCCCUACGAUGAAGUGAUAUUUAAAAAGAAUCCAAUACCUGCUCCCCACGUGGUGACUUAUAUUUUUAGCCAAGCCAUUUAUUUGGGAAGGACAGUAACUGUGGUCGUUUAUCAGUGCGUUUGGCAGCUGUAACUGAUCUUUAUUUUGUUAAAUCCAUAACCCAGAUGAGCGCGGGCUGCUCCUCCCCGUUCCAAUGCCCACAGGUGGGGGAGCGCGCGAGGGAAGGCCCCGAUGAGUCGGUGCAGAUGACCAUUUCCCCGCUACGGUACGUUGUGCAUUUUGCAAGUAGAGGAAAGCAAACUGGCGCCGCCAAACCAGCUUGCGUAGGCGCGUGCCUGCCGCCCUACCUGUCGCGCCCUGCGUUCAGGCCCCCCAGGCGCCGCCGCGUGCCCCCGGCUGUGGCUCUCGCUGCCUUGGCGCGCUGCGAGCCUGACUUUCGCUCGUGCUCCUGCCAAAAACGUAAAAGCGAAUGGUUACCAGAAGUGGGCACACCAGCAACCAAAUUUAUUAGUAAAAAUCUGAUUUGCUGGGCUUUGAAUAAACUUGUAGACUAUGAACAUAAUAAAAUGAAUUAAAACAAUAGUUGGAUAGAAGGUAAUCAGUUCAACUCUUGUCAUCAGGAUGAGAUCAGCCAUAACUUUCUGUCCAGGCUUUACGAUCAGUGAAUGUGUUUUUUGCCAUUGGAAUCACCUGUAGAAUUACUCCACUACAGAAACCAUUUUUAGUUAACAGUUAACCACCAAAUCUCAAUACCUAUCUUUCCGUUCAAAGUCCACCUUAAAGCCAUGCUGCAACUUACGUUUCUCUCAUGGAAACUGAUUGCAACAUGCCAAGCCAAAACUCUUCCGUCAAGCCGUGGGAGCAGCGGUGGCCAGGCGCGAGCCUGGUGCUGUAACGAUGCGCUCCCCAGCUGCCCGAGGCCCAGACUCCUCCUGCCUCGGCGAGACCUGGCUGGGCUCACGCCUCUUGGUUAGACACAGCAAGUGCCUCUGGAUCUCCUCAGCUGAGCCCACCUCAGCUGGUCAGAAAGAGGAAACACAAGACUUCUUCAGUGUCUACCACAGCCAAGGUGCAGGUCUUUUGUUGUUCAGGUUUUUUUUCUGGGUUCAUCACUUCGCAGACUUCAGAAAUGUAGUCCCUAUUAAAACAGAACCGCAGCGAGAAGCCUCGUGUACCGAGCUGCGAGAGUUGUUAGAGUGGUACGCGGCCACCUUUAGAGACCCCAUGAUGCUCCAGCCCCCAGAGUGGUUUAAGGCGUUUGUAUGUUGCGAAGCCUUCUUACAACUGCCUUUCUUCCCCAUUGCAGCGUACGCCUUCUUAAAAGGUGGCUGCAAAUGGAUACGGACUCCCGCCAUUAUCUACUCCACCCACGUAGCUACAACCUUGUGUGCUAUCUUCGCACAUGUCCUGUUCCACGAUUUCUCACAGUCUGAGCAUCUGGGACCCCAGACACAACGCGAGCGUCUCAUUCUGCUGUCCGUAUACGUGCCGUACUUGCUGAUACCGCUUCUGAUUCUUUUUACCAUGCUCUACAACCCCCACUACAACCACGUGGAGAAAAGGAAAAGGAAGUAGUCCGCUCUGGUGGCUGGAAGCACAUCACUCAUCCUGGCUUUGAUUCAGACCCUGUGCUGACGUGGCCCUCUGGGACAAACAGCUGGCUUGUGGUGUUGGCUGCAAAGGCUAUUGCCGGAGCAUCUGGCUCCUGCAAGAAAAAUUUGAAUUGGUUUGAGUUUACGGUUCUCCUUUAAUCAGAAACAGCUUUGGCAGCCGCCUGCAUUAGCAAUUCCGUAUGGUUUCUGGGCGCAGGCAGGUGAAGGGACCUCACACCUCUCCUGCUGUCACUUUUGUGCGGUGCAUCUGCAGUAGGAAAAUAAGUAACCAUUUGAUGUGUAACUGUGUGAUCGGGCACAGAAACUGCAGCUGAUGCUUUUCUUUCCACAAUGACUGUUGGAAAAACCACUUAAGAAAGAAAUUUGUCUUCCACGAGCGUGUUCUGAAAAAUCCAUAACUGAUUAUAUACAGAUUUGCAAAGCUAGGCUGUUGAAGCAUUUCAAGUCAUACAAUAAUUCUUAACUUCCUCACCCCUUCCCUUAACAAUUCCUAAUUUUGAUUAAUUGGAAAUAUCCAAUCAGUGAUAAAUGUGCCAAAAUCUGGAUUUCCCAAUGCGUAAAGAGAACUUUGACCACAAGGCAUACUUCCUGGAGGAUUGUGAAGUACUUCAGGAAUUGUAAACGUCUCUCUUCUAUGAAAUCACUUCUAGUACAGAAAUAAAUAACUAAACGCAUUAAA